CCUUCUAAGUAGAUAUUCCUCUUCACCGAGACCUUACAAAUCCUUUCCUUUCUCUUUUCCUCUCUGGACUUUGCUUCUCCUAUUCUGCAACUUCUCCACUUUACAUCCAAAAGCAACUUCAAAGCAAGAUGCUUUUAUUCAAUCCCAUCACUUCACUAGCAGUUCCUCUAACCUUAUCUCCAAAAAUCCAUUACUCCCCUUCCCUUUCCUCUCUCAAAAACCACCCCUCUUUUCACACCAACAAAAACCAUAACCCAACAAGAAGAAAGCUUCUGAUAGUGCAAGCUAAAGGUGAGGACUCAGCUGAUGGCCCUGACAGGUUGAUUUCAGCAAUAUGUUAUUUUUAUCCUUUCUUUGAUGGUAUACAGUAUGGGAAGUAUGUUAUAACACAGUUCACUCCCAUCCAAGUGCUGAUUCAACCUCUUUUCCCAGCCAUUAAGGUGUUCAAAAGCUUCCCCUUGAAUGGGUUUUUAGUGUUUUUGACUUUGUACUUUGUGGUUGUUAGGAACCCCAAUUUUAGUAGGUAUGUGAGGUUCAACACUAUGCAGGCGAUUGUGAUUGAUGUUUUGUUGAUAUUCCCGGAUCUGUUGGAGAGGAGUUUCAAUCCAAAAGAAGGGUUGGGUUUGGAUUUGGUGAUGAGCUUUGAUAGCACUGUCUUCUUGUACCUCCUGGUUUCUCUCAUUUACGCUUCCUCUUCUUGCUUGUUUGGCCAGUUGCCAAGGUUGCCUAUUGUUGCUGAAGCUGCUGAUAGACAGGUUCUUUGAUGCCAUUUAACCUAUUUGCUGUUCAGAUUGAGAUUUUUUUCCCCUAGUGUUGGGAAAUUUGGCAUCUUGAUUUGCUGCUUGUCCGGAAGAAACAGAAGAAGAUAUAUACAAUUAUUCACUAUUGUUUCAUGUUUUGUUUGAAUCAGAAGAUUAAUUUGCUAAGGUUGUUUACUGGUUAGUUGAAUUGUAGAUUGUUAAAUUGGGCAUAGUAAUUUAUUAAAUUAUGAUCAAAAUAUUUCAUUUUUAUCAA